AGAUAGAGCGGUAAUCAAGAGUCCUGCUUUGGUAUCCUCCUUCCUUCCUUCCUCUCUCUCUCCUCCCUCUUUUCUUCUCUCUCCCCCUCAUUCUGUCUUUGUGAUGCCGGGCUGUGGGUGAGUGUAUGCCCGUGACCAGACUGAAGCUGGGGAAGUUAAAGGUGGUGCGGCGGCAGCUGCUGCAAAGGUAUGAACACCAGCCCUUUGUCUCCUGCCUGGCUGGCCUCUAUGGCUGCCAAUGGAGACGAUACCAAAGAGCCCGGGCGCAGCCGGGAGAGUGCUGCUGCAGCAAGGUGGAGUGUGGCAGUUUUGGCCUCCUGAUCCUCACCUUCUUCCUGAGUUUUGUUUUCCUCUAUUUCUGGAGUGAAGCCCAGAAUGACUAUAAUGACUUUGACUGGUUUAAUUUUGGGACUCUUGGUUUCUGGUUCCCCUGGUCUCUGGUCCUGCUGGUUGUUGCUGCCGCUCUGUUCACAUACAUUGCUCUUUUAUUGGUGUUGGCAGUGUGUCUGCUGUCUGAGGGUCAGAGGCUGUACCUCCACUGGAGCCACAAGACUGGCAUCGUGGUGACAUUGGCAUUUUCCGUCACAGCCACUGCAAUCCUGUCUGACCUUUGGAGCAAAGAAUGGAAGACUCUGCUGCUCUCCCUGCAGGUUACUGCACCUUUCCUCCAUGUGGCUGCAGUCUCACUAAUGGCAAUUCUCUCAUGGCCAAUUGCGUUGCACUUUUUCCGCAUGAACAAAAAAGUGCGUCAGGUUGCUGUCCUUGGUCUUUUCCUGUCCGUCCUGUUCUCUCUCUACCUGGUUCCUUUGGGAAUGUACUCACCCUGCAUUAAAGAGGCAGGGACACUGAGACCUGCCCCAGCCCUUAUUGGACACAGAGGAGCUCCAAUGCUUGCUCCGGAAAAUACCGUGAUGUCAUUUGAAAAAGCAGUGGAAGCUGGAGGAGAAGGACUGGAGACUGACGUCACCAUCAGUUACGAUGGUGUUCCCUUCCUGAUGCAUGACUCUACACUGAGGAGGACCACGAAUGUUGCUGAGGUUUUCCCAAAUCGAACGCAUCUUGAUGCCUCCAUGUUUACAUGGGCCGAGCUACAGCAACUCAACGCUGGCGACUGGUUCUUACUGAGGGAUCCAUUUGGCACUGCUUCAUCCCUUUCUGAGGCAGAUCGCUCCCAGGCACAAAACCAGUCUGUUCCUUCACUGGCCCAGUUCUUGGAGGUAGCUGCCCGAAGCAACAGACUAGUGCUGUUUGAUCUACGCAGGCCACCACAUGGGCAUCCAUACAGUCAGUCAUACAUCAACGCCACUCUGCAGGUCAUACAGGCCCACAUCAACUCCUCACAGGUAUUGUGGCUGCCAUCUGAAGACAGGGAUCUGGUCCAUGCUGUGGACCCAGAGCUGCAGCAGACCUCUGGAGAAAAGGCAUCUAUUCAGGAGCUGACAGACGGUCACAUCACCAGGCUUAACCUUCACUACAGCACUAUGUCACAGCAACAGAUCUGUAAAUACCAGUCAGUGAACAUCAGUACGAACCUGUAUGUGAUCAGCCAGCCGUGGCUCUACACACUAGCCUGGUGUGCUGGAGCACAGUCUGUAACCACCAACUCCAUCCACAUCCUGUCCAACAUCAACAAGCCACUUUUCCUUAUGACUCCAGAGGAAUACAGUCUGAUGUGGAUUCUUACUGAUGUUGUGUCUGCCUGCCUCAUUUUUGCGAUUUUCAUAUUCCAUUGGUGGAGAGAGAGAGGCCUGCCCUUCUGGUCUGGCAGCCAUCAGACUCACGAGAAUGGACCAUACAGCAAGUUCAGGACAGAGUUGAGUGACGUUUGGUCCAUCUCCAGCGUGAAUGUUCGGCCUGACCUACGAAGCACGCCCAGUUCACCCACUACCCCUCACCUGCCCACCAUCACAGAGGAGUAACUGAAGGGAGGAGGGGGAGACAGAGAGAUAAAGAAAGAUAGAAAAAGGCAAGCGGAAAACAGAAAAUGGGAAAUGUUGAAGAGUACUUGUUUAGAGAGAAAUUAUGUUGUUAUUUAUAUGAAAUAUUCCUGACUAAAUUAACAACAUUCAUUAUUUAUUAAGAACAAAAACAGAACAGUGAGAAAUGUUUAGGUGAAAAAGAGCCAGAAAACUUUCUUUUUCUCUCUCCACCUCUUCUCUUGUCCUCUGUCCCUGGACUGACUACCUGCAAGACUGAACUGUUGAACCAAACGUCUUUCACUGUCAGUCAUCAAGGACAGAGACACUGGAGCUCCACCGUCCAUUUCAGCACUAAAGUCUCAUAGGUGCCAUCAAAUGACUGACAACAGGAGGCAGUUCAUCACAAGACUGACAUGACUGACAUGCUCAAGAACAUUGUUACAUGUGGUCAUUCAACACCACCAGCUGAUCUUAACAAUGCAAGAAAGAAAGUAAACCUUACAAAGGAAAGAAGAAAAUAAAUUUAUUCUAUUGUAGUGAUACAUGACUUAAUGUCGUUCCAUGUCUUGUUUUAGUUAAUGAAAACCAAAAGUUUAUGAGAGGAAAAACGGUGCAGCUCUAGGCUCCGUUUUCAUGGUUAUGAAAACCAAAUGCAGAGUAGGAGAUAACGGAAAAGUGAUAAAAUGGACUCUUAAUAUUUUAUGCAGAUUUUUUGCUUUCAUUAUCAGCUGUUCAGAUGCAGUAGGCAAAACUAUCAAUAAUGUUUUAAAGGAGACAUAUUAGGACUUUUGGGUUCUAGUAGCGUUUUCUUUAUAGGUGAUUGACAGGAAAGGGGUCAGAGAGGAGGGGUGACAUGCAGCAAAGGACUCCAGGCCAGGGAGUCUUGCUGCAUGAUUUAAACCUGAGCCUUUGCAUCACAGAGCUUCAUACGCUGUGUAUGAGGGGCACUGGUCUACUGAGUUACAUGCUACCCUGAUGCUUGUCUUUACUUUCUACAUGAUGAGGUAUACAUGAAUAAAAUGAAUCCCUAUUGGCAAAAAAAAAAAAAAAAAAAAUCAGACAGCUCUUAUUACGACAUUUCACGUUAUCAACAAGCUUGCAUUGACUCGCUUUAGAUUACUUCAUUUAAUCAUCUGCUUUGGGCACAACAUGCCCACAAAUUUAAAUUAUGAUCUUCUAUUUAAAUGUGUCAACAACAUAACUCACAAAACAGUCUACUUCAGCUAACUUAAAGCUCUUAAAGUCACUGAUAAAAUUAAAGUUAUUGUUUUUAUACAAAUGGUCAUGCGCUAUAUGUUGCCUGUACGCUGGUAUCUGACCUGCAGGAACAUAUAAAGUCAUUUUAUUGGCAUUUUGAUAGAAAAAAGACAUGACAAAGUGAGCAUAAUAGGUCUCUUUUAAAAUUUUAUCUGUGUGAGUUAGUGGGUCUGGUAAUUGGUGAUACGUUAUUGGACAGAAUGAAUGUAAACCUGAGGUUUGAGAGAUUAUUUUAGUAUGCAUUUAUGUUUCAACUUAAGUGAAUGUAUAAACACGUGAAGCCAUGCUUUUCAACAGAAUGAGGAUGAUUUUGGGUCCUUUUAAAUUGAUAACAAAUUUGUGCCAAAUAGCUGCUGAUAUAUAAAAGAUUCUUGAGAAACCAUACCUUGUACUUUAUUUACAAGGGAGCACUUACAAAAUCAGCCUUUUCCUCAAAUAUACGCACACGGUACCUUUUAGUAAUAUGUAUAUACUCAGUCUAUACUAUGCUGUUUUAAUUUCAGUUCUAUUCAACAUUCAUUAAUAGAGCACAUUUAAUUUAGAAUCAUUAGAUUUGACAUCCAGGUAGUCGUGCCAGUUUGCUGCAGUGUUGGAGCAGAAAGUGCCGUUAAAAUCAUACAGUGAAUGUGUUUUUAAUUUGGUUUUGUUCACCCAUCACAGUUAAUGUACAGAAGUUUAUUUAGAAAAUACAACAAUGGUUUCUGACUAAACCUGGUUAAAAAUAAUCGAGAGUUGUGUUGAACAAAGUUGCCCUGUCUUCACUGUUGUCUGUCUUGUACCACACACACAGGCCUGGUUUUAGACUGAGGUGGUUUAGAAACAAGUAUAAAGAAGGAAAAUGCUUCACAGUUUUUCAUUUUAUCUUGAACUUUCCAGAAAAUGCAAGACCUCUGAAUGGGACCUUAAACGAGGCUGAAACGUUCUAGAAAUUUAAAUUAAAUCAGAACCAUGACUGUCUAAGACUUUCUUUAGCAAUGCAGCUGAGCUAAUGUUAUGUGAUGUACUGUCAGAAAUUUGUAGUUAGCACUUAGUCUUGCUGUAUUUGUGUUACUGUUGAGAAAAUAGUAGCUGAUCUGUUAGGUGGGCUAAGCAUUUUAGCUACAGUUGUCACUUUAGCUGCACAGCCAUAUUUAUUCUAUUGAAUAUGAUGUUUCCCACCGUACGACCGUUCAUUUUUAGUGAGCGAGUCUGGUGACAAUGCGUCACUGCAUUGGUUUUCCUUCGGUAAUGCUUUGCAUUUUGAGCCUUGCAUGUGUUGGAUUUAUCCAACUUUUGUUUUAUAAAUGCUGUCUUAAAGUGAUAGUGUAGCUGCUAAUUGUUUUCAUUUUAAAAUCUUAGCUCUUGCAAACCUCUGGAUCUGUAAAGAAGUUCAAGUUUGAAAAAACUUUCAGGGUAUCCAGAGAAAUACAUAUGCUCUGUUAAAAGCAUAACAAAUUAUUCAGCAAAUUUCUGUUGAUCGCAAAAAAAAAAAAAAAGAAAUUAGAAUCAAGACCUCACAUGUGAUUUAUCUUGAAACAGGAAGGUGUUUGCUCUUUCUCCAGAAUUCAGUACUGGGAGGUGUUUCAGUUGCACAGGUCCAGAUCCUUGAAUCUUUCCACUUCCAGUUCUGUCUGGUAUCAAGCAACAUUGCAGAGCAUUCAAUGGAAAUUCAGUGAACUUCUUACAGUCCUUGAAAUGACAGAAUGUCUUUGGUGUAGCCAUCUACUGCUGCACUGUAAAUCUACCUACAAAGUAGAUCACAUGAAGUCCUAAUAAUAUAACAUGGGUGAGGUGUUUUUUAUUAUAUUUUGACAAAAGAGUGAAUGUCUGGCUCAUCCUGAGCUUACCGAUGAACAGCAGAGAAGUGGGCAGCACAGAUAAUAACCUCUGUUUUCUCUGUCGGAAACCAGUAAGCCAACAGACAAAUUUUAUUUGGUAACUCAACUAAGAAAGAGAAACUUGUAUUUGCAAUCACUCUGCUUUUGUUGGCAAUUUUUAAUAUACGAGGCAAACUUUAAAGUUUUUUGCUUUAAAAUGUUUUACAUGCAAGUGGCCGUUGCAUGAUAUUCUGCAUGCUAUUUUAAUUAGAGGAUUGCAAGCAACUGUAAUCAGUGUAUUUAAAUCAUUAAUAACUUAGAUUAAAUGAAAAAAAUACCUUUAAAAACAUGGAGUUAAGAGGUAUUAAUGGCACCUGACAUAUACAGGUCGUUUCAUAGACUUACUGGAGGAAAAAUAAGCUGCUUCUCAUAGUUUAGUCUCAGCUGCCUUCACUCAGGACUGGUGAGCAUUUAAUGCAUGAAAAUGUUUUAUUUUUACCAAAACUAAAGAGAAAAUGGAAACUUUCUCAUUUUUUGAUCUAGUUGUCAUCAAUAAAACAUGUCUGCUUUGUUAGCUGGAUACUUGCAAGAGUACAUUGUAGUUAAUACUUGUAUGUUUUUCUCUAAGAUAUAUUAGUAGAUAAAUGAAGUUAUAAAUUUCUCACCACUGAGAAGUUCUUUAUUUGAAGAUUGUGUUUUGAAUGUGGCUCCAUCAGCUGUUAUUUCAUUGUUUGGCUAUGAAGGGCCCUGAUUUGACAACAUGGUCGUGUUCACAUGAUUAGCUUGAUCGCAGAGACAUUUUCUGUUUCAGGCUGUGAUAAUUUUAGGUGAAUUUUGUACAUGAAGCGUUGCCCCUCCUAAAAUCAAAUUUCAGAAUUAGAAGACUAUAAAUGCUCAACAUUGUUCUCAAGUAAUGAUCUUCAGUCCUUGUGGAGAAGAAACUGACUGAUCGUACAAUAGAGUAAAACUGUUUAAGUCUCCGUAGCAUUUACAUCCUGUGCUGUACUGAAAGGCCUUUCUUUUAUAGAAGCAUUUUGUCCUUUUUGUUUUUUUUACUGUACAUUUUCUUUCUAUAAAUGCAACUGUCAUAAGAUAUUAAAACAUUGGAGAAAA